GAGACAGACCGGUCUGAGGGGGCGGGGCCGUGGAGGAGGCUGGAGACUGAUGGAAGGGGCAGGGCACUGCGGCUGGGGGCGGGGCCUAGGGGAAGGGGGCGGAGUAACAGUGGGGCGUUUGAGAGGAUGGAGGGUUGAAUGCCAAAACUGCGUUAUCGUAGAAAAUUCUGGAGCGCCGCCGGUGGGGCAGGGCCACGAGCAUCCUCCUCGCAGCACCGCGCCGCGCGGGGCCCGGGGGCCGCGCUCACGCCCGCCGCUCGGCGCGGACACGAGUGCCACCGGCUUGAGCCGAACCUCUAGCCGAUGCCGCCGCCGCCGCCGCCGGGGAUGCGUACGCCGACUGGGAAGCGAGUGGGGAGGCGACCUGCGCGGCGUCGCCCGACAUGGCCGCGGCGGGCUGAGGGAAGAGGCCUGAUAACCUGCGUUUCUAAGAAGCUCCAAGGUGCUGCCACAGGGCUCUGCCUAGUAACCAUGGAUUCCACAGCCACAACAGACACCAGAGAACACCCCACCAUUCCUCCUGCAACCAAUCAGCAGUGGGCAUCCUGGAUUGGUUAAUUUUAUGAUCAGUUAGAGGGAUAAAUUUGUAAAUAAAAUCUACUUGUCUCAAAAAAAAUUCUGGUAGGAAUGAUUUACAGUAUGAGUUAAGUUUAUCUAUGACCUUCAGCCUAUGCACUUUCUCACCAUCUGGUGAGAGCUGGCACAGUUUUGAAUAUUGGGAUGCAGAAAACUGGCAGUUUUGAGAGUGUUAUAUACUAAAGAAUGGGACAGUUCAAGUCAAAAAUUGAUAAAUGAUAACCUGUGCUCUUGCUGGUUAUUUAUUAAACACGUACUGGCUGAGCACUUACUAUGUGCCAAGCGUUGCACAGCUCGUGCAGAGCGCCAGGCCUGUCAAAACAUACCCAACAAGAAGCAUUAUUUACGGGCACUGUUUACAGGUACUGCACCCCGCUUCCAUCUCUGCACUUCGUAUGCACCAUGUAAGUUUAUGAUCCACAUUUUACAGAUGAAAAAACCCAGGCACAGAGAGGUUGAGAAACAUGCUUCAUGUCACACAGCCAAUGGUGGGACUGAGAUCACUGUUUUAACUUGGUCAACCAAGUCAGCUUCAACUGAAAUUAAACCAUUAAAGAAAGACUUUCUCUUAUUCUGCUACUUCUCUGAGAACCUUGCCCUGGGAAUCUUGUUAAAAUGCAGAUUCUGAUUUCCUUUCUCAGGGAAGAGGCCUGAUAACCUGCAUUUCUAAGAAGCUCCAAGGUGCUGCUGCUAGUUCCAGGACCACAUUUUCGAGUUUGGAGGCUGAAGUAUUUAACAGUCUGUAUUGUGAAAACGGAGGGGCAGUGUAAUGAACUGGGAGGAGUGUUAGAUGGGAUUGUGAGGCCUGGGAACAGAACCUGGACCUCAGACAUCUGUGUCCCCUUGUGCUUGUCAGUUCACCUCCUUGGGCUCAGGUUAGAUGAGAUCUCUAAAGCAUAACUUCUGCUUCAGUAGCCUGCACAGUGUGUGAAAGUGUCAUUGUCUUUUAUGAAUCCUAGCUGAUGCAGAACCCUUAAAUUAGUUUAGAUUUGCAGAUAUAACAAAAUAAUACACUUUUAAAAAGUGACAGA